AUGGCAUUUAGCAUCAGGGGCUUGUGCACUCUGUGGCAUUUCCAAGAAACACUGCUACUUGUUGGCUUGCUGAGAUUUGGUAACCUUUCUCCCUCAGUCCUAUCUAAAGAUUUUGGUGAGACUGUUUACAUUCUGUGCAACUACACUGGUAAUUCAGGGGCAACUCUGUCUUGGUACAAGAAUGGAGUUGACAUACAGACUCUGAAUAAUCCAAGGUUUGAGCCUCAGGCAUCUGGAUCACUGAAGAUCAAUGGAUUGGAUCCAGAUGAUGCAGGGAUGUUUCAGUGUUUUGCAUCUAACAUGGCCAAUUCCAUCAACUUUGCAGUUUGGCUGCAGGUUCAAAGUUCUGCGCCAGUUUUUGUGAGGAGUCCAAGGAAUAUCUCCAUUGUGGAGGGCCAAGAUGCACGGUUCCCAUGUGAAGCCAAUGGAGCCCCCAAACCAUCUGUUCACUGGACAAAAGGUAAAGUAAUUGUUUUCUUUUAG